CUGGUAGGACUUCCCCUUUCCAUCUUGGAAGUUCCUUUUUCACUUCGGCUGUUGUGGAGCUUUCCAAAUGAAGAAGUACUGAAAGAACAAAGACCUCCUAAUAUGACACCUCACGGGAGGGAGAGUUAGAAAAUCCUUGCUUUAGCCGUGCUUUCAUUUGUAACCUGUUCUCCAAAAGAAAUGCAAAUCCCUUUCCACCGGUUACACCCGUAAGCUUUGAAAAGGACUCUUCAGAAUACAAAUGACAUCAGAGGUCACCUAUGCUGAAGUGAGGUUCAAGAACGGGCCUUCAUCUGCUGAACCCAAAGCACCUCCAGGAAGCGAAACACCACCGCUUAGUAGAUUCCAGAAAUGCAAGCCCUGGUUUCCGUGGGUGGUGUCAGGGUUUUUUAUGUUGCUCUCCGCCAUACUUCUCGUUGUCAUCAUUGUUAUUCUCAAAGGAAGUCCAAAGAAAGGAUCCAUCAAAAGCCAGUUUCAGAAAUCAACAGCAUGGAAUUGCCUCCUGAAGAGACCUGAAGGAAAAGAACCGCAGCUGUCAUGCUGCAUGGGGGGCCUAGAGCAAUUUGGAUCCAGCUGCUACCAUUUCUCCAAAGACACAAGGACCUGGAACAAGAGCAGGGAAGAAUGCAUGGAGAAGGGCUUCGACUUGGUGAUUAUAAAUUCAGACGCUGAGCAGGGUUUCCUUACAAACCAUACCCAGAACAGUCAAGUGGAAAAUUUUUGUAUCGGUCUCACAGAUCAGAAGGGAACAAAUCAAUGGCAUUGGGUGGAUGAGACUCCUCUUGACCCCAUGCUAGCGUUCUGGAGAAGCAAGGAACCUAGUAAUGAUGAUGAAAACUGUGUUGUCAUGCAUAUAGGUAAAGGAAAAGGCAACGAGAUGAAGAAUAACUGGAAUGAUGUCCGGUGUUCAGUGGACGAGCAUCAUUACGUUUGUGAAACAAAUACAGUAUUUUUUUCCAUUUAAAGGGUGAUCUAGAGCCAAAAGAACACUUCAAAAUAUUAAGCAUGGGCCCCCUGACUGGGCAGACUGAAUCCAUUCUGAGCAUGGGCUCCACAUGAGAAAGGUGUGCAUUCUCAUUCCACAACUGUGCUCCGAAAGAAAUGUAAUGUGUAGAAAUUUUCAAAUGAAAGGAAGAAUCCAAAGUUCAGUAGAAAAUGAUUAUUAUGUAGCCGUAGCAUGUAGCUCCAGCCCUAACCACAUCUCCUCAGAAGUAAGUUCCAUUGAAUUCAAUGAGAUUUACCCCUAGGUAAGUGGGGUUAGGAUUACAGAGUAGGAGUCAUUCCUGCAGCAGAAUUAAUUCUCAGAGCGUGAGGUUCUCAAAGUGCUCUCUCUGGCACCAUGCCAGAUAUCAAGGUGUUGAGAUAUUUCAGCAGGAGCAGCAAGAUUGUCAGCAAGGUUUCAAACUCCACUUUUGUAUAUACACCACCCCAAUCUCUG